CCCCUAUUCAGCUGGAUGAAAUGGUUGCGUGCUGAAGGAGAACAGGCUCAAGAUGAGGGGACAUCUGCUAAGUCCACAGAGGUAUUACCCAGCUGCACACUGAUCAGGGAGCUGCUGUGGCACGUGGAGGAGAGGGAGCGCCUGGCACGGGAGGUGGAGCGGGAACACAGGUUGGCCCACAACACCGUGGGAUACCCCCACUGGCUCCAGAGCUACCCAAGGUUACGUACGCUGAUCCCCGCAUCGGAGCGUCACCAGUUGGAGCAUUUGUGUGCCCAGAUCCAGCCCAUACACACCGCCACAGUGCUCUCCAGGUUCCGCGAGGUGCUGGCCAGCAACAACAUCCUGCCCUGGGAGCUGGUGUACGUCUUCAAGCAGGUGUUGAGAGACUUCCUCAACAAAGAGGAAGGGGAAGAAGAGGAGGAGCAUCUGCCGCAGCCAGCACUGCUUGGACCAAUGGAGGCCUGGACCAACCGAUACCAAAUGAAGCAGGGCUUUGUCACACCCACCGUGCCGGACUGUGGUGAGCCCCCGAGAGAGGAGAUCCCAACCAUCUCUGGAUAUGUGGACCGUACUAUGAGAGGCUCUAGUCCUUUCACUGCCCAUAGGGACUGGGACCUUCCCUACUACUACCACCACCCAGUGCCACACAACUCCACAGAGGCCUACAGUACCAUGCUGUGAGAGGAGGCAGGGUGGUAAAGUAGUCCCCAACUCAUGACCAUGCUUACCUUCUAUCCUUGUUAUGUCAUGCCUGAAAGAGUUGUAAUCCCACCCCAAAAUGUGCAUAAAAUAUGUUAGAUUUAUUCAUUUGAAUGUAUGAACUGCAACACAAUCUUGCUCAGGACAAACACUUGGGGACAGAUUCAGACAUGCAACAAUGUAUACUGCUAUCUACCUGAACUAGGGGUGCAUCUCAAUACUAGCUACUACAAUAGGCUAGUCUACUAGCGAGCCUACUUCAUUUGCACUGACAAGUCAACCCGUAUUAGACUAGAGGUCGACCGAAUG